CCCUCGCAUAAACCGUUAAGCAGCGGAUUCUGCACCUUACUUUAUUCAGACUCCUUUUUUACAUUUUUUAGGUAUUAAUUGCAAUGGAUACUGUAGCAAGGUAUAAAACGCAUAAUUUACAUAUUUUAAAAACCGUCGGAAAGGGCACUUAUGGAAAUGUGUUUUUAUGCGAAAGACGUGAUAUUCAAUUAGUAACAAUAGUGAAAGAUAUACAAUUGGACAUAAAGAUACAAGAUCACAAGAAAGACAUUGAAAAUGAAGUGGAUAUUCUGUCAGCGAUGAACCAUCCCAAUAUAAUUAAAUUCUAUGAUUGCUGGUAUACUGACCGUCAUGUUAUGAUAUCUAUGGAGUAUGCUACUGGUGGUAACCUGGCUGAAUGCAUGUACCAUCGCUAUCCCAAAUUAAUUAAACAGCAGGAAAUAAUGUUUUUCUUGUCACAAAUUCUGCUUGGCGUAAACUACAUACACGGUCUUAAUGUGAUUCAUAGGGAUUUAAAAGCAGAGAACAUUCUCUUAACUGGCAAACAUGGAAUUUUGGUGAAAAUAGGUGACUUUGGAAUUUCGAAAAUGUUGGCUUCUGCCAAGAAAACCUCAACAGUGAUUGGGACUCCUUAUUAUUUGGCACCAGAGCUAUGCGAAGGAAAACCUUAUGAUACCAAAAGCGACGUGUGGGCUCUAGGAUGUUUAUUAUAUGAAAUGUGCACACAUAAAAGGGCUUUUGAAUCAGAGACAUUAGUUGGCUUAGUAAAGGCAAUAACAAGCGAAAGCGUACAUCCCAUAGACAUGACGAUGUAUGAUAGAGGUGUACAAGAUCUUAUUGACUCCAUGCUAUCAAUUCUACCAACGAAGCGGCCAUCGGUGCAGGAGCUUAUGGGGAGACAGGUUAUCCUGCCUAUGGUGUAUAGAGUUUUAUUAGACGCUGGGAAUGAGGAGUUACUUUAUGAAGUUGCUAAGGAGUUCUAAAAUUAAUCAAAAUUCUAGUUUCGUAAGGGCUUUAUAACCUCGUUUUAUCAACGACGUAGCUUUCCAAGCUGAUGUAUUAUUUUAAAUUUUUGGGUAUUUGAAAAUAAUAAGUGCGUGCAGGAUACGCUUCAGCAAAAUAAUUGAAUUUAAGUUUAGUAAGUGACAUGACGAUAUAAUAAAAUGAAUAAUGUUAAUUAAAUAAAACAAUUUAAUG